AUGGCAGCCGAAAAGAACUACAAGUGUUCCCUUGGCGAAGCGGCCUUGCAGACAGCUAUAGCAGAACUGAACGAGGACCCCAAGACCAGACACAUUGAGAUAAAAACCCUCAGAGAGCGGCUUGAAAAGUAUCCAGGUCUGCAUGCUCGUACUGAUCCUGAAUUCCUGAUACGAUUUCUGAGGGCUCGUAAAUUCGAUCAAGAACGCAGUUUUAAACUGGCCAUCAAUUACUACAUGGCAAGAUAUGAGGACAAUGAAGUUUUCAGAGGCCUGAAGCCGUUUUGUGUCAAACACGUGUUCGACAGCGGUUACACUACUCCUCUGGGAAUUCGGGAUAAACAAGGAGGAGCUGUCCUAGUGGACAAACCAG